AUGUCUGAAAAUUUCGAUGAAUUCGCUACAAUACUCCCUUCCCAUUAUAAACUGGACGGGGAUAAACUUGAAAUAUCACUUGUUGAUGGUAUGUCUGCUACGGCUGAAAAUUUUAAAGAACUCGCGGAAAUUCUCCCUUCCUAUUAUAAACUGGACCUAACCAAUGGUAAACUUGCAAUAAUGCCCGUUCAUGCUCAAACUGGUCAAAGAGAAGCUAAACUAAUAUACGAAGUUACCGGUUGGUGCCUAAGUAAUCCUGGCCUGGUUGGACUAUAUGGCAGUAGCCAGACGGGUUUUUAUUUGCCAUUACCUACUGAAACUAUUCGAUGUCCGGAUGCGUAUCCGCCGAUCGCUCCAAAUUUUGUUGCAGAGAUACGUUCGACCGCUGAAGCUAUACACGAAAAAAUGUGUGUUUAUAUGGAUGCGGGAGUCGAAGAGGCUUUUUCUAUCGAUCCAAUUAAUGGAACAGCAAGAAUUUAUAGUGAUAGUAUCACUUGGUCGGAGUACACAAAUCCACCUAAAUUACAAUCACGUGUUCUUAAUGGAUUU